CUCCCUCUUGCAAGUCUGUGUGCGGCAGUAUCGUGUGCUGUGACUGCGGCGGGGGGAGACAACCGGUCGGAGGAGGUGAACGGGUUCGGGCACUCGGUUGGAGGAGCUGGUGUGACGUAGUCGCAUAUACACACACACACACACACACACACACACACCGGCUGCCGCUGCCGCUGCUUUUACGCCUGCCAGGAUUCUGAAUGUGGGGAAAUGACCGCGAGUGACCUCGAAGGAGACAAUGUAUUUGUAGCGCUGCUCGAUUUUUCAUUUUUCACCGGAGCAAGAAUAUUUGUUAAAUAAAUCAUAGCUCGAUAUAUAUAUAUAUUUUUUACGGUGAAGCCGCGCUUGUUUGUUUUAAUCUCGCGGAAAGAGGCGCGGUCUUUCGUUAGCUGAUCGCCACCGGCUGUCUCAUUAGCUCGCGAGCGGCUAACAUUAGCUAAGCUAAGCUACAAGAAGCUAAGCUAAGUUAAGCUAAAGUAGCCCGGUUUGCCACUGCUACGGGCCGGGCUUCUACAUUUGUGCCCCCCCCCCCAACCCCCGCAGAUGCUAAGCUAAGCUAACGAGGCUAGCUGCUGCCAUGGAUCAAGCAAAGUCAAUGGUGGACAAGAAAGGAGCGUCGAGACCCUUUCACGUCAACAACGGGCAGAGCCAGCGAGGGGUAAACGGGCACGUCGCUGUGGCGGCGAACGGCAGCUGCUGCAGCGGCGGCGGCGGCGGCAGUGCGUUCGGCUCGAGCACGGGACCCGGCGGCAGCAGCGGCGGCGGCGGCUGCACAUUUGACAGCAUGCAUUAUCUGCACCGCGGCGACGAUGCAGAGUGCAACGGGUCCCCGGCCAAGAGGUGCAGGCUGCGGAGGAGGACGGAGUCGGUGAGACGGAGCAGACCCCCCUUCCCCUGGUUUGGGAUGGACAUCGGUGGCACCCUGGUGAAGCUCGUGUACUUUGAGCCAGUCGACAUCACUGCAGAGGAAGAACAGGAAGAAGUGGAAAACCUCAAGUCCAUCCGCCGCUACCUCACCUCAAAUGUGGCCUAUGGUAAAACAGGCGUCCGCGACGUCCACCUGGAGCUGAGGAACUUGACCAUGUGCGGCAGGACGGGUAACCUGCACUUCAUCCGCUUCCCGACGCAGGCCAUGCCGCGCUUCAUCCAGAUGGGACGCGACAAGAACUUCUCCAGCCUGCACACGACGCUGUGCGCCACCGGAGGCGGGGCGUACAAGUUCGAGAACGACUUCCGAUCGAUGGCCGACCUGGAGCUGCUGAAGCUGGACGAGCUGGACUGCCUGAUCCGCGGCCUGCUGUACGUCGACCGGGUGAGCUUCAACGGACACCCGGAGUGCUACUACUUCCAGAACCCGGCAGACACCGAGAGCUGCGUGAAGAAGCCCUGCACCCUGGAAGACCCCUUCCCCAUGCUGCUGGUCAACAUCGGCUCCGGGGUCUCCAUACUGGCCGUGUACUCGGAGAACGACUACAAGCGGGUGACUGGCACCAGUCUGGGAGGUGGUACAUUCCUGGGCCUCUGCUGUCUGCUGACGGGCUGCGAGACGUUCGAGGAGGCGUUGGAAAUGGCCAGCAAGGGCGACUCCACCAACGUGGACAAGCUGGUGAAGGACAUCUACGGAGGAGACUACGAGCGCUUCGGCCUGCAGGGCUCUGCCGUCGCAUCCAGUUUUGGUCACAUGAUGAGCCAAGACAAGCGAGACAGCAUCAGUAAGGAAGACUUGGCCAGAGCCACGCUGGUCACCAUCACUAACAACAUAGGAUCCAUAGCACGGAUGUGUGCUGUCAAUGAGAAAAUCGAGCGCGUCGUGUUCGUGGGGAACUUCCUUCGCAUCAACACCGUGUCCAUGAAGCUGCUGGCCUACGCCAUGGACUUCUGGUCCAAAGGACAACUGAGAGCCCUCUUCCUGGAGCACGAGGGUUAUUUCGGAGCGGUGGGCGCGCUGAUGGAGCUGCUCAAGACGACCGAGGACCCGUGAAAAGGAAAAUCGCGGCAACGACAUCAUCGACCCCCUCGACGAGACGAUGUCAUCCAUCCACCCACCACCCUGGGCGACGUGACGCCGUCGACCUCUUCGACGCCGUGACGUCAUCCACGCUCGACGCUGCUGAAAGGUCCCCGUUCAACCGAGGCCACUAAAGGAACACUAAGCGAGGGACACAGUAAAACUGAGAAAAGCCAUUUUAAUAAUUUAACACUUGUAAAUAGCUGAUAACCUCUAACAUCGAUCUUCUAUAUUUACCCAAAUAGAGCCUACCACCCCCCCUUAUCAUAGAGGUUUUAAUAUUGUAAUCUUUAAUUUAUGGUUUCCUGUAAUCUCUGUUGGGAACAACAGAGACGCAGAGCACUGUGGUGUUUUGUUUUUUUCGUUACUGUGUGUUUGUGUUUGUGUGAAUACCUACUGUAGCAUUACGUCCUGGAGGCUGCGGUGACGCGGGCGACUACUUGCGCAACACUUCUUUCGAGAUACAAUGUCUGCACAGAAAUUAAGUUACUCUUGAUCUCAUGAGUAAUUCGGCAUUUUUUCUUUACCACUGGGGACAGAAACAUCAUAACAACUGCAGUGGAACGUUAACUUCUGAAGUUGUUUCAGUAUCUGAGGCAUUUUUUGUUGUUGUUGUUGUUGUUGUUGUUGUUGUUGUUGCACAAAAAGUUGCCCAGCGCGCUUCAAGCCUCCCGAGGAGUGCACUGAAGCCAAAUCCUUUUUGAGAUUCGUACAAACACCUGCCUCCUUCAGGCUCAGAAGAGAAGCGGAGAAACAGUUUUUAAUUCUCUUCAUUGUUCCCACAUGGCCUUUUGCUUUUUGUUCGUCUCUCCUCCGUCUCCCUACCAACCUACAGUAAAUGUGAACGACAUUAACAUUUUAUACCGUAUUGCCACGAUCAUGCGCGUUGCUACCAGCCUGCUGGAGUUUUAAUUAGACAGCGGGACCAAGACAUUGUCUUCCAAUAGAUAAAUGCUACUGCUGCGUUCUGUUGACUGGUAUCAGCAUCACCCGCGUUUGUCUUUGAAUUCUACUUUCUUGCUCUCUGUUGGGAAUUAAUCUUCCGUCUGCGAGUUCGCAGCUCGAGGACACUUCAGCAGCUCGGAGGCCUGGUUCCCUUUCUGCCCCCCGGUCGGCUUGUUUGGGUGUUUUGCAUUGUGAUGCAAUGAGGCAAUUCAAGCUGAGCUAAUAUGAUGCUAAUGCUCCGAGUUAAAUCCUGGCAUUAAAAAGCCCUUGAUGCAUAUGCAGAAGAACGGCGUCACACAAUGGGGACCAAGAUGCUUUCAGGCCAGAGUCGCCGCUCGUGAAAUACGCUGAUGCAAAAGGACGCAGUUUCAGCUGCUGUUAGAGUAGAAUCAUGUUUUUACCGUCUAACAGGAAAAACUCAAAUCCUAUUCUUGCAGAAGACAGGAAAUUUUGCUGCAGCAGGUCGAUAUUCCCUUGCUACAAACGUGAUAAUCAAUUUUUUUUUCUGAUUCCAACAUUGGUUCUGCUGCUUCAUGCUAAAUUUCAACCAACCGUGACACCCAGAGUACGACAUGCCUGGGUUCAGAUUGACGAAGCUUCAGUAAUAAGCGCAUUUGGCAGAAUUGCUUUUUGGCAAGUAGCUCUUUAUUCUCUGACAAUGAUAUUGAGAAUGUCCGUGUCCACACAAGCACAUGCACCUCAGUAGAGAUUCGAGUGUUUAAAGUGUGUAUUUACUAGAUACUUGAACAUGCUGGUGUGCGUCUCCUAGUGUGGAUCUUUAUGGAUUUGAGUGGAACCACCUGGAGGACCUUGAGAUUCCAGGGAUGGAAAACCCUCUCACUUGCUUGAGUGGAGCAGUUUUUCUUUUUCCUGAUCUGCAACAAUUUGGUUUCAGUUGAAAUUGUAAAAUCACAUGCACACGUGCGUCGACAGCUGUAAAGAAGCUGCGUCGUCGCCUGUGAGCUUUUGUGACUCCCAUUAUCGCGCCAUUGUAUCUGCUUUUUAAGAAACAUAAGGACCACGUGUGUUUAGUUUCCUGUAAUCCCAGGAUAGUGCCCCCCCUCCUCCCUUCCCAUCCCAGACCUCCACAGCCUUUCAUCUCUGUUCAUCGUCAGAGCAACUGAACUGUAAACCCGGACCAGUGCAGUCUCCACAGUCCGCUGCUUUAUUUCAUUCAUCACCACUGACUGUCCACAUGCCUUUACUCUCCACGCAGAGAAACUGUGCCCCCCCACCCCUUUUUUUUGGAAUCAUUUUUACAGUUCCUUCAACGAUUCAUUGUGAAAUACCUCUCAAAAACCAUCACUGCUAAUACGUUUUGGUUUGUUAAUCUUCACGUGUCUCUGAGCCUGACACUCGAAAGUGUUCGUCCAACACUGGGGGAUUUUCUUCACAAGGACCUUGUGAUUUUAUUAAUUUCACUACAGUAUAAUAAUGAAGGGUGAAAUUCCCAAUAGGUUAAAGCAGGUAUUCUGAACGAUGUGUUAUUGGCAAAAAAUCGUCGCCUCACCAUCUUGAAAUACUACAGUUAGACCCGACUAAUAAUGUGUUUUGCUGCUACGCAGUUCUCUCUGUGUGUGUGUGUGUGUGUGUGUGUGUGUGUGUGUGUGUGUGUGUGUGUGUGUGUGUGUGUGUGUGUGUGUGUGUGUGUGUGUGUGUGUGUGUGUGUGUGUGUGUGUGUGUGUGUGUGUGUGUGUGUGUGUGUGUGUGUGUGUGUGUGUGUGUGUGUCAGGCCCUGUGAUGGGCUGGCGACCUAUCCCGGGUUAACCCCGCCUCUCGCCCUAUGUCUGCUCCAGCAGCGACCCCUUUAAUGAAAAUUGGUAUAGAUUAUGGAUGGAUAAAUAUUAUUAUCGAGUAAUAGAAUAAUCAUGAUUUAACACAGAGGAACUUCUGCAGUUUGUACAUACUGAAAAGUCAUUUUAUUUUCCCUUCGUUCUUGUUCGGUGCUCUCUGUCUUUUUUUUUCUUCUCCCAAUUUGCCUUGUUCUGAUUGGAUGAUGUUCGUGGCCUCGACCUGUCAGGUGCCACUUCAGUUUUUAAUCCAGGCUGGUGUCGGUUCAUCUCGUGCCACCUCCUCUCUUUUUGAAUCUGAAGCCCCCCGAUCUGUUGCCUUCAUCACCGUGUUUUAUCCAAGUUUUGUGCCCGACACUUUGCUGGUGCGUGAUUUUAAUUUUUCCCUUCCUCACCUGCUGAACUUUAACCUCACUGUACACUUUGUAAUGUUGUGGAUUUCACUGUUGCAUCUCUGUUUUGUUCUGUGCUUUGCCAUUUGUACUGUAACAGAAGACAUUCACAGUCUGAACAUCACGGUUCACCUUCUUCUUCUAAACGUGUCUUAGCAAACCCUUUUCACAAUUUUUCCAAAACUUGAGAUUUAAAAUAAUAUCUUUAGAUAUUGCAGAUCAUUGAGAAUUCAUAUCUCACCUGUUUUCUAGCCUUUCUUUUCAAUGUUUUUUUUUCGGGGGGGGCAACAUUUUGAUUUGGGAACAACUUUUUAUUAUUUUUUUCAUCCUUCUAAUAUGUCACGUGAGUUUGUGUGCUUUUCCCCCACAUUUGUAUUUGAAAAUACUGUUGUAGAGAAUUUCUUUGUGGUUGGCACAAAAAGAACCAGUGUGAUUGUUGUGGUGAUCUGUCGUCGUGGUCGCCCUGGCCGCGCGGACGACUCGAGACGUGUUGUGUGAUGUGCGGCGCUUCCAAAAAAAGAAAAAGUGAUCAGACUCGGAAACACUUUUAUUAAAACGUAUAAUCAUCGCUGUCCUGCAGAAACGUUGGUUUUAACACUUUUAACAGUCUGCUGGUCAUUAAUUGACCCCUGGCCUGCUCUUUAAUUGGAAACAGAUAAACGAAGACUCGUACAGGAAACGUGUAAAGACGAUUCACGACCUCUGCAGAAUAUCGAUGACGUGUGUUUUAAAGGUGAUAGUUUUUUUUAAGUGUGCCUGUUUUGUUUUUUCCGAGUGAUAUAUUGUAACUGCAAGUUUACCUUUCAAUAUUCGACUAAUCUAGAACUGUUGCAAGCCAGUGUUCCGCACUGUCGUGGGAAUAUCAUGAGCUCAGAUACUUGUAAUAUUCUUGGACCUCCAAAAACUAAAAAGUAAUAUAAAUUCGUAGAAUCUGAAUUCUUCACUCACACUGUAUCCAUGUUCAGUCAAAGCAGCAUCUUGCAAUUUGUCUGAUUUUUUUGGUUUCAAACCUUUUCGGUAACAACGCCACAGAUACAGUAAGAGGCGAGAAUUCAGUCGUGUACGCAGUGAUAAUUAUUAUUUGUUUCCCCUUCUGUUAUCAUGAGUCAACAGUAUGGAUGUUUGUCUACUUCGAUAACGGUCCAGUCUUUUGUCUGGGGGCGAGGUUCACCUCCCAAUGGGGACCACCUGUACUCGGAUCAAUGUGUCUUUUUCUCUGUGCCGUAGAGGAGCUUCGACUCAUAGCGUCCCAUCGAGCGGCGAACUGUUAUGUCAUCCAUUGUAAAAAUCCAAAACCUAUCAGCUAUGCAGCAACACAUCCACCUGAUCCCGUUCUCCAAACCCAUCGCAGCUCAGUGUUUUCAAAAAGCAUAUGCAACUCUUGUUAGUCCCCCCCCCCUCUGAGAAAUCCUGUUUGAAUCUUGACGGAGAGCGUUUCUCCUCCAGAAGUUUCUGUCCUGCUGAUUUAGUUGUUAACACUAUUUAAGGUGGAAGGAUGCUGGCAACAGGGUGUUGUCGUCAGUGUGACACUGUAAGGUCGUACAGUGAGAAGCUUUUAUCAUACCCGCAGUUUUUAUUUUUAUUUUUAAUGUUUCAGUUAUGGCGGACCUUCGCCUUUUCCUAAACCACUCGUCUUGUUGGAUUAAUGACCCCUGGCUGAAUAAGUCUACCCCUUUUGUUUUUUGUUCUUGUUAUACAUCAAUGUAUAAAAGUGGUACUUAUGGUAUUUAUCUUCUAAUAGUGUAACUUCAGAGUAGAUUCCAAACUGUAAACCACCAUGUUGCUGUCAAACCUCAUGUCACAUACUAGUGAUACAGUCUGUUCCUCGUGACCUUUCUGACCUUUCUGACCUUUUUGCCUGUCGAGUAUAUUUCUCACCGCCGCUUAGAUAAAAACCUCUCCGGAGGUUCGAAACAUCCUGUUGCAUGAUCACAUCCAGCCUUUGAACUACUCUUCUGGAAUGCUUGACUUGUGGCAGGACAAGACCCCCCCCCUUUUCACCCUCAUGUAUUUAAUUGUACAGAGAUUUUUUUUGUAAAUAAUAUUAAUAUUAUAUAUUCUACACCAGCAAUCUGUCUGUUGAUUAAAGUUGUUUCAACUGUUCAGGGGCCCAGGUUUUCCCCCCAAAACAGGACUCGGCACUCCAUUCACAAACCCGAAAGCAGACAGAAGACGCAUCGAGACAAACCUUUACCUUCAUCGCCUGAUUUGGUGUUGGAAAAUACUUUUAGGAAUGUGCGUUAAGUUGCUUGUGGGUGGAAUUUAUCCUUAUGUUUUUGUGUGAUUGUCAAAAGUUGGCAGUUAUUGUUUGAUUGCAUUCGAAAAAUCUCCAAUCUGAUGACAACUUUUUCAAAUUUACUGUCACUUUAAUAUGAUUUCCACUCUUUUCCCCUUCGGAUCAAUUUGACGAGAACUUUAUUCAAAGUCAUUUUGAGGAGGAAUUCUGUACAGUGUGUUAAAUUAGACAUUUACCUCUUCACUGUGAAGUGUUUUAACUCAGUCCGGAUGCUUGUUUUUCUGUCUGCUGGAUUUUAAAUGGCGGCUGUUCGCCUCGGCUUCUCUGUGACAUGGAUCCUGGGUGUGAACGUUUUUUGGGAAUUCCCAGUGCUGGUUGUUGGCGUCAGUUCUGCUGCUGCUGCUUUUAGCUCUGGUUUGAAAAAAAGGAAAGGUUAAAAAAAAUGUCAAAAAAAAAAAAGAAAAGACAAAAAAGGCUUCCCUGCUCUGUGCAAUGUGUAUGUACUGAAGUGAAGACAUUUUUUUCUUUUUUCUUUUCUAAAAAGGAAUUAAACUAAAACUGGAUGAGA